GCACGUGCGCCGGCAUCAUCGACAUCGGUGCGACCUGGAUGUCGGACCUGAAGGAGGGCGUGUGCCUAGAGGCCUUCUGGUUCAACAAGGAGCAGUGCUGCUGGAGCGGGCCCAGCCUCAAUGCCACCUCGCUCGACUCGGCCAUCAAGUGCAAGCAGUGGUAUUCCUGGGGUCAGAUGAUCAGCGGGGGAUCUGACGCGGGCUCCUACAUCAUCGGCUACUUGUUCUUUGUGCUCUGGGCUCUCCUGUUUGGCAUGCUGGCAGCCAUGUUGGUCCGAGUGUUUGCUCCGUACGCCUGCGGCUCUGGUAUCCCUGAGAUCAAAACUAUCCUGAGCGGUUUCAUCAUCCGAGGGUACCUGGGCAAGUGGACACUGCUCAUCAAGUCUGUCGGCAUGAUGCUGGCCGUGUCCGCGGGUCUCAGCCUGGGAAAAGAAGGGCCGUUUGUGCACGUGGCCUGUUGCUGUGGCAACAUCUUCUCCUAUCUCUUCCCCAAGUAUGGCCGCAACGAAGCCAAGAAAAGAGAGAUUUUGUCAGCAGCCUCAGCAGCAGGUGUUAGUGUUGCUUUUGGUGCUCCCAUCGGUGGCGUGCUCUUCAGCUUAGAGGAGGUCAGCUAUUACUUUCCCUUGAAAACCCUGUGGCGGUCGUUCUUCUGUGCGCUGAUCGCAGCUUUUAUCCUGCGCUCCAUUAAUCCUUUCGGGAACGACCAUCUGGUCAUGUUCUCCAUCGACUAUGACGAACCAUGGCACCUGCAAGAACUUAUUCCUUUUAUUCUUCUCGGAGCUUUGGGGGGUCUGUUCGGCAAGUUUUUCAUCAAGUUCAACAUCAUGUGGUGUCGCUACAGGAAGUUCUCCCGUCUCGGAAACUACCCAAUUUUUGAGGUUCUUGCUGUGACCUUCAUCACGGCUCUCCUAAGCUACCCCAACCCGUACACCCGUAUGAACACCAGCGAACUCAUCAAGCUUUUGGUCAGUCGCUGCGGACCAGAGGAUGACGUAGAGUUAUGUGACUAUGGGAGGAACCUCAACAUGACGGACACGUUCAAGUACUCGGCCGUGGCGGGCAACGACGUGCACAGUGCUCUGUGGAAGCUCGCUCUGGCGCUCAUCUUUAAGAUGGUCAUCACCAUUUUCACAUUCGGCAUUAAGAUUCCGGCCGGUUUGUUCAUUCCCAGCAUGGCAGUGGGAGCCAUUGUGGGACGUAUGAUGGGCAUUGGUUUCGAACAGCUGAUCGUAUCCAACCCAGACAGCGUGUUUUUCUCCAACAUGUGCGAGGCCCCGGACAAGUGCAUCAUCACACCAGGCCUGUACGCCAUGGUCGGGGCGGCCGCCGCUCUAGGCGGGGUUACCAGGAUGACCGUUUCUCUGGUGGUCAUCAUGUUUGAGCUGACCGGUGGCCUGGAGUACAUCGUUCCCAUGAUGGCGGCCGCCAUGACCAGCAAGUGGGUCGGUGACGCUUUGGGCAGAGAGGGCAUCUACGACGCCCACAUUGCGCUGAACGGUUACCCGUACCUGGACAGCAAAGAGGAGUUCACCCACACCACGAUAGCUGCCGAUGUGAUGAGACCACGGAGGAAUGAUCCCCCCUUGGCUGUGAUAACCCAGGACUCGCUGACCGUGGAGGAGACAGAGAGUUUACUGCGCAACACGGAGCACAAUGGCUUCCCUGUGGUUGUGUCCAGGGAGUCCCAGUACCUGGUGGGCUUCGUCCUGCGACGAGAUCUCAACCUCGCUAUUGCCAAUGCGAGGAAAACUUCAGAUGGUGUGGUCAGUAAUUCGGUCAUCUACUUCACUGGCCACGUACCGGUCAACCCGCACGGCCCCGCCCCUCUCAAGCUCAGGAAAAUCCUGGACAUGGCCCCAGUGACCAUCACUGACCAGACGCCCAUGGAGACGGUGGUGGAGAUGUUCCGUAAGCUGGGCCUUCGGCAGACGCUGGUCACUCACAACGGACGUCUGCUGGGCAUCAUCACCAAAAAGGACGUGCUCCGCCACAUCGCACAGCUCCAGAACCAGGACCCAGAGUCCAUCUUGUUCAACUAGCGUGCCAGACGAGAAACACGUCCCUUUUUCCAGGACAAGACACGCCCCCUUUCUUUCCAGGACGAGACACGCCCCCUUUUCCAAAGGAGAGAUUGAUGAGAAUACCCAGUGGGGACUGCUCUUAUAUAGCCUAUAUUGCGAGAGCCGUCGGAUUCACUUGAUCUUUGACACUAUAUUAUUAUUAAUAUUAUUAUUGCUGUUACUAUUAUUAUCCU